UAAGAACUUCCAACACAAUAUCCAACGCUGAUUUUACAGUAGAUAAAUAGUAGGAAUAAGGGUAAGGCACUGAUUAUCAUCAGUAAAAUAAAAAAUAUGUUUCUAUGCAAUGCUAAGAAUUUCGAAAAACCGUCCAUAGCUUUAAGUUUUAACCAGGUAGCCAAUCCUGUCGCGCGAACCUUCUAAAUCAAUUCCUAAUACAAAUACUAUCUCUAAACUUAGUAAAAUCAGAAAGGUCAUAGUUACUCGCCUAUAGUUGUCUUGUAGUUUACGUUUCUACAAUUAAAUUACAAGUUUAUACACUUCUCAAAGAUGACAAAUACGUUUCUCAAUUACAAAGCAGCCACUCUAUUCCUACUGUCCAUUUUUCCGUGGAUUCAAAAGACUCUGUGUAUAAUUUGCUUCUGUGAAAAACACUGCUCGGAAAAUCAAUCAAGUGGAUCCUGUGAAGUAAAAUCAGGUGGACAUUGCUUCGUGGCCGUGAAAAAUAUUUGGGAACCGGAAAAGGGCGAGUAUAUUCAACAAUGGACAUCCGGCUGCUUGUCAUCAAAGAAAAUAGGUAGUGAAAAAUGCGAGAGUUACUUAAUGCCUCGUCUACAGGGACACCUGAUAAAAUGCUGUAACGAAACAUCAUUUUGUAACAGUCACGAAAUUCGAAUCCGCCCGACCCUUGCCACGAGGAUGACAAUUUCAUCUCAAGCCCUUCUCAUCUUAUCCGUGGCAUCCCUAUCUGUAUCAUUAUUCUUAUUUUCCCUAUCCAUUGUGAUUAUCUAUCAUCGUUAUAGCACGGAUGAUACUAAAGCUUAUCCCACUCCUAAAGCAACUCAAUCAAAUUUACGAGAUUUAAUCGAUCAAAGUAGCGGAUCUGGAUCAGGUCUACAACUCCUGGUAGAAAGGACUAUUGCCAAGCAGCUAACCUUAUUCGAAUGCAUUGGCAAAGGAAGAUACGGAGAAGUUUGGAUGGCUAAAUGGAGAGCAGAUAAAGUAGCAGUGAAAAUUUUCCUCACUUCCGAGGAAUCAGCCUGGUUUAAAGAAAUCGAAAUUUAUAAUACUGUUCUUAUGAUACAUGAGAAUAUUUUAGGAUGUAUCGCUGCGGACAUACAAGGUACUGGAACGUGGACUCAAAUGUUACUCAUUACGGAUUACCACGAGAAUGGUUCUCUCUUUGAGUAUCUUCAAGCUAAAAUUUUGGACAAGACUGCGCUAUUGAAAAUCUGUCUCUCGAUGGCUGCCGGAAUUGCGUAUUUGCACACGGAGAUUUUUGGCACACCAGGAAAACCUGCUCUGGCACAUCGUGAUAUUAAGAGUAAAAAUAUUCUUAUCAAGAGAAACGGCGAAUGUGCCAUUGCUGACUUUGGUCUUGCCGUUCGAUUCUCUAGCAAAAGUGGAACGAUCGAUGCUGUAUCGGAUAUAAGGGUAGGAACUCGACGGUACAUGGCUCCAGAGGUUCUGGAUCAGACUUUGGAUGUGACUUCCUUUAAUGCUUUUAAAAUGGCUGACGUAUAUUCUAUGGGACUUGUACUCUGGGAAGCUUGUAGAAGAUGUACAACGGAUUUUAGGACUUCCGUUGUGGACUUUUACUCUCUACCUUAUCAAGAUGUAGUACCCAGUAAUCCCAGCUUCGAGGAUAUGAAAUUGGUUGUUUGUGUCAAAAGAUUACGGCCACCCAUGCCAACCAGAUGGGAAUCAGAUACGGUCUUGUACUCCUUACGACAAACAAUUCUUGAGUGUUGGCAUCAAGUUCCUGGAGUGCGUUUAACAGCCCUACGGGUACAAUCCCUUAAAGGCAUAAUUCAAUGGAGUGGCUAUUCUGGCGAUUAGGUUAACAGUGAAAUUGGGCUGUUCAAUAGGACGAAAGGUUGUAAACCUGAAUAAUGGAAUCCCAAAUAUCAAACGACACCCUGCUG